UCCACAACUUAUCGCAAUCAACAUGACAGAAUAUUGGGUCUCGAAGAAGCAGUACUGGUGCAAGUACUGCAACAUGUUCAUCCGUGAUGAUGCCGCGCAGCGUAGCCUGCAUGAAGGCGGCGAGAAGCACAAGGGUAAUCUCGAGCGAUUCAUUCGCAAUCUAUACAAGGGAGGCGAGCGCGCCAAGCGGGAAAAGGAGGCCGAGAAGCGACAAUUUGAACGCAUCGAAGCGGCCGCGAGAAGCGCACACUCCUCCGUUGACGGCGCGCGCGGCGCCUACGGCGGGCGGCCGAUGCUCGAUCGCCCCAUGCCAUCAGCCUCAAAACCUCGGAGAGACAAGCCGAGCGGCGACAAGUGGGCUAACUACACGACAGCCGCACAAAUGGGUCUUGCCGACGAGGAAGGACCUAGCGCGUACGAGAUCGAGCAGAUGGUGCGGGGUCGUGGAACGAAGGUUGGCCAGUGGGAGGAAGUGGUUUCCACCCCAACCCCUCCUCCACCACCAGAGGAUAAAAGGCCGGAAACCGAAGAGGAGGAGCUCGCAAGUUUCAAGAUUCAGCACAAGCGACCGCAUCGUGAUGUUUACGACGACGAGGACGUCGACACGGGCGCGCUGCUCGGACUGAAGCUUAAGACCAAGGAGCGCAAAAUGGCUGAGGGGGAUGUGAAGGGCGAGAUUGCGGCUGAGGACAGAGAGGGGGCCAAGGAGGAGGCCAAGGGGACGAAUAUUGGGGCGGGAUUCAGUAAGGGGGGGUGGGGAACAGCGGAAACGAAGGCGGAAGUGAAGACGGAUGCCGAUGGGCUGGGGGUCAAAAUUGAGCCUAGCGCCAACGCCGACUCCGAUGCAGGCGCCGUAAUGGAUAUCAAAACUGAGCCGGGGGAGGACAGGAAGCCCAACCUCGAUGCUUCCGUCGAAAACCCAGCAGCCGUCGAAUGUUCGACCCAAAUCCCAGCACCGCCGACUUCGGGCGGCUCGAUGUUCAAGAAGCGUCGCCCACCACCCUCGUCGCGUAAGAAGUGAGCUGUAGCUAUACUGUGAUCUAUGAUAAUCAAGUGCAUACACCC